CACCCCCCAUACCGAAACGCGCAUCAUAGCUGCUGAUGUGGAAUUUCCCCCUUUUUGUGCCGUUUAAAAGCUCCGCACUGAAGCUCCUGAACCGAGGCAGCAGCGAACACAACGAUGUAGCGUCCUGUCCAGACAGAAGGGCAAUAACAGAGGGCAGAAGUUGCAUGUGUUGUAAAUGGGAAACCUGGUGGGCAGCUGGCGUUUCAAGGAGCCGAGCACCGUUGAGGAAUGCGACUCGACGUGGGGAUCGGACUCGGAGUGCGAUGAGGCAAUGGUUGAAGAUGACAGCGGCAUGUCCGACUCCGUCAGCCCGGCGGAGAGCGAGCGGGCCGCGGGACACAGCGGCGACGCUGCUCUGCAGCUGACUGACUCCCCAGAGUCUGCUCCUAAGAUGAAGAGGAGUUUUUAUGCUGCCAGGGAUCUCUACAAAUACCGUCACAGCUAUCCGAACUACAGAAAGUCCCGACAGCCCAACGAGUAUCGAAACCUGCGCUUCUACAUGAAUAAGAUCCCCCUGGUACCUGAUGGUAUUUACAUUGAGGAGAUUCUUUCAAAGUGGAGAGGCGACUAUGACAAACUGGAGCACAAUCACACCUAUAUUCAGUGGCUGUUCCCAUUAAGAGAACAAGGGCUCAACUUCUACGCACAUGAACUGACUCAGGAUGAGAUUAAAGAAUUCCAAAGCACUCGGGAAGCAAAGCGGAGGUUCUUGGCGGCCUAUUCCGUGAUGUUGGAUUUUUAUGGCAUCAAACUGCUGGAUAAAAGCGGUAACGUCGCUCGGGCCCCCAACUGGCAGGAACGCUUCCAACACCUUAAUGAAUCCCACCACAACUACCUAAGGAUCACUCGCAUCCUGAAGUCCUUGGGUGAGCUUGGCUACGAGGCCUUUAAGGCCCCGCUGGUUCGCCUGUUCCUGGAAGAGUCGCUGUGCAACAGCACCCUCCCUAACAUGCAGCACAGCGUGCUGGAGUACUUCGUCUACACCAUCCGCCUGCCGGCCACGCGGCGCCGAUUGCUCCAUUUUGCUCGCCAGCACUACAGACCUGCCCACGCCUUCCUUUGGGGACCGCCGCCUAAGAAGGGAGCUGGUGGCAGCAUCGGCGCUGGGAGCAGUGGGAUCAGAGCUCCUGCUCCCACACCGGAGCAACACAGGAGGGUGGAGGAUAAUACCGCCUCUGCAAGUAGCAGGAUCAAUGUGUCUUCCCAUGAUGCCAUACUGUGCCAGGACCUGGUUGGAGGAGGUAUAAAGGGCCUUCCCGACCUUAGUUCUUAUGAGGCUGGAUUGCAAGAGCCACUGAUGCUCAUUAGUGGGAGAAGAGAGAGGAGUGAGUUCAGCUAGGCUUGUUCCUUUCAAGCGGAGUUGGCCUGUGUUAUAUAUAAGAUACUCAAACCCUGAAAACAAUGAAAAAUACUUAAACUUAUAAACAUGGGAUUAAAAUCAAUUCAGGUUAAGGGCUUAGAAAUUCAUUGCAAAACAGAUUACAUAUAAUAAGGAUUAUAAUUUCUUUGUUAGGCUAAUCUUUGUUUUCAGCGAUGUUCCAAAACCAUCCAAACCAGUGGAGAGAAGGAUUAAAUAACUUUUGUCAAAAGGACUGCACUUUUAAAAAAACAAAAACACAGGGUGGAUGUUUGCCUUACAUAAUGAUUUAUUUAUUGAUCUUGGGAAAAGACGAGUAACUGGUAAGCAAUACUUUGAAACCAUUUUUUUUUUAGAUUGACCUAAAGCCUCAUUUUUGUGUUGAUAGCAGACACAAAUGUGUAUCUAAUCUGUGAUUUGUACUGUUUCAGCUGAAGAGUAAGAAAUAAAACCUUUUAGUUAUUUUUUGGAAAAUAAUUAGGAAUCGAAAGGCUUGUGGUGACAUACAGACACGGUGAAAAGAAAGUACACCCUCCUUUUGGUCUAGAUUUUAUGUGUAUAAAACUCGAUAUGGUCUUUAUUGGGUUCUUAAAUUAUUUUAAAAAAAAGUUUCAAGUGUGUAAUCACAUUUUUUAAUGAAAGAUAUCACUGACAUGGAACACAGUUUAUAUAUAGUUUGCCUCUCAGGAUUCAAGAUAGCUGCUACUUUCAUCAUUUGUAAAACAUUCUUACUUUGACUGUUUUUAGCAGUUCUUUAUUAUUUAUGCAGCAUUUAGCCCUUUGUACACGUACAACUUUUCAGUGUUUAUAAGACGAGAUGUUUUAACGCUUUUAACAUGCAGGAAAUACUACGUAGAAAAGUGUUUUUGUCAUCAUCAUAAGACUGCUGUUACAGUUGCUAGCAAUACGAAUAAAACCAAGCAGGAAAGUGUGAAAUUCUACAACUCGGAGAUGACGUAAACUCCGACUUCCCAGUUCCGACUGCCGAGGUUAAUGGAAUGCAGGAUUACUUCGCCCUCCAUGCUUUAUUGUCAUUUCUGGUAAAGAUUUGUAAAAACCCUCAAAUACGUUUUUUUUGUUGCAGCAGCAGCAUAAUGUCACACUUUAAAAUAUAGAAAUAUCCAACGUUUGGCUUGAGUGUGGGGAAAAAAAUCCCACAAUAAGAUAAUUGUUUUUUACUUGAUCAAAGGGUACCAAAUUUAUUCAUUUAGGAGUAUGGUCUGAAUGAAGUUAUUUAUUUUUCUGUUGUUGUGGCCAUAUCUCUUUUGGCAGCUCCCAACAGGUUUUUCUUAAACAUGGUGCAGUAUUUCAUGAUGCAUUGCACUGUAACUUUAAGCUUCCUAAGGCCCUUGGAAGAGAGAAAAGCCCAAAGCAUUACAGAUCCUCCACCAUACUUGACAAUGUGUGUGAGGGUCUUUUUCAGGAUGUCAUCCCGUUUUAUUUCAAACCCACCUGGAGUGUUUGUUGCAGAAACGCUUCAUCUUAGUCUCAUCUGACCAUAGCAAAAAAUUAUAAUUAAAUUCCAAGUAGCAAAUGGCAAAUUCCACAAGUUUACAUUUGUGAUGGUAGGACAGAAACGUUUUUUUUUUGGUUCCCAAGCAACUGGUUGCCAUGUAGAUGGCAUCUAAUGGUUGCUAUGGCAAUUUGGUAACCUCCCAAGAUGGCAGAUCUUUGCUCCAGUUCUCUAACAGAGAGCUUUGUAGUGUGUGCUGGUGAUGAACUCGGGUCCUUUUCAAGUCUUCUUUAUCACAGUUCCAGUUGUUUUGAACUUGUUACUUAUUGCUCUGGCUUUAGGUCUGGGCAUGUUGACAUAUUCUGACUUUCAUCUGCCUGACUUUAUUAGCAUGUUCUCUUAUCUUUCCCAUUUGAAUAGUGGCUAAGAGAAAUUGUCCGUUGUGUUCGUCAUAUUUAAACUCCGAGUAAACAGGAAGUCUUGGAUUGAUGCUUGAGAAAAGUAAAAUACAUAAUAUGAGUUGUUGGAGGUGCUAGUAAGUGCGGUACCAGUUAAGUUUUUCCUUAAAGUUAAUUUUUCUGCAAAUGUACUUAUAUUAAAUAUUAUAUUAAAAUUGACUUAUACUGUAAAUGUUUUUUACACACGUCUAUUAAGGGUGAGGAUAAGUGUUGAGGAUGCUGUUAGUUCUUGUUUGUGUUGCUGUUUCUCGUCCUAGAUCGAGCUCAGAACUUUUAUUGAAAUUAUUUUUUACAGUUUUCAUUGGCAACAACAGAAAGAUGUUAUUAGCGCAGGCUCUAGAGGUUGUAAUGUCAUCUUUAAGCCUUCUGUUCCUAAUUAAAAACAAAAAUACUGUAAAAGUGGAUUGCGAGUGAAGUUGUUGUGAACGAACAGGUGGCAUGUAUGUUUAAUGUUUUUGACAAUCUGUGUCUUCCUGAGUCGAUACACUACAGGUUUCCCUGAACUGUUUCACAUCAUGAAUUCAACACCUGUUCAACUUGUGUAGCCUUUGCCAUAAUUUACCUUCAUGUGGAACCGUGAACUCCAACCUCAUGCGUAGAUUUUGACCAUGUUUUUAGCCUGUGAAUUUGACGUUGACUCCUUUAGGGCUAAGUUUGUAGAGCUGCAGAUGCUCAUUUCUCUCAAAUAAAUAAUAAUCUUGCACAAAUAUUCUAAUAAUUAAACUUGGAAAAAGGUAGUAGUAUGUAGAGUCCUGCAGUAAAGGCCUCUAAGAUGUUAAGGUUGUUUACCUUAGAGGCAAGUUUAAUGUAAUUAAUGAACGUUUUUUUUCUGCUUGCAAUAGAUAGAAAUCUGUGAAACUAAAAGCCAUGCAAGGUGUGAAACAGGCAUUUUUGUAGGGGGUGGGGGUUAAGCUGUUCUUCCUGACUUAAUCAAAUUUUCUUCCUUUACGAACAGCUGACAAGGUUUCAACAUCACUCUUCAGCCAAGUCUAUCUAAUAUAAUUGUAAAAGUACCUUUUUAGGUAGAUUGUAUGAUAACAUGGACUCCACAAUAUGUCAACGUUUUGUGAAAUGAACACGUAAACAUACAGUAUUGUGUGUGUGCAGGUUUCUCUGAUAUUCUUAAGUGCCUCUUUUGUAUGAUUUUAUUUAUAUCUGUAUGCUGUAAGUAGUGUCUACACCAACUUCUUGUAUGUCCUGAUUUUGUACAGCAUUUUGAUAUUUAAGUUAUUAUUUGCAUUGUAAUCAUAUAUUCAAUGGUUAAUAAUGUACAGCGGGAAUAAACCACUUAACAAGAA